AACAACAACACUACUCAGAGGCGGGUUUUGCUUGUCCUGCUUUCUGUUAAGUAGAGCGACUGGUAUCUAGGCAACCGCUAAAAGCGGUUGAACUGGAGACGCUGAGGAAACGGGUCUUCGAGCCAAGGUGCGGUAUGAUGUGGAACGAUGCGCCCACAUCGCCUUUCGUCCUAAACGAAAAAGGAAAGGAAAAGCAGAGGGUUAAAAGAGAGCAAGCAGCUGUAAAAAUUCAGAAGAGAUGGUGGAUGCAUAUGACAAAAAGACUAUUUAAACUUCUGAAACACACAAUUCGUGCAGCGGAGUAUUGCAUUAGCUAUGAUAUUUUAAAAAGAGUGAGUCCUUUAGAAGCUGAACUUCUUAAAGAACCUACUAUUCAAUAUAAAGUCCGAUUCAGAUUUGCUGGAUGUGAUUUCCCCCCUUUUAUUAUAUUUAAAAUAUUUUGUAAAUCAAGAACCAAAAACAACCAAUAUAUCAGUGGGAAAAGAGUAAUAACAUCAGAAAGUAAGGCAGCUGUUGAUGCUUGCAAAUUAAUGGGAUAUCGGAUGUAUUAUAAUCAGAUUCUUCAAGAUGAACUUCAGAAUAAAAGGCAUGGAAUAACAGAUGAAAUAGAUAUUGCUACAAUAAGAGAUUACAUGCAAGCAAUCGAGACUUCCCCUCCCCCUGAAGAGAGCGAAGUGACCUCAACCAAAGACCUGCCGCCCAGGCCGGCCAGCAGCAGCAGCAGUGAAGAUGACCUGAUGUAUGCCAGUCAUAUGGAUGAAAGUCCAGCAUAUUAUGGUGGCAGACAUAAUUGUUGGAGAAAGCUGACAUUGGAAAAUUGGCCUAGAGCAAUGAUGGUGUAUGACAUCAUGGAUUAUGCACAGUCUGGGAAUCUGUCUGCUAGACUUAGAGCCGAACUUCCAUUUCUGUUGCUGAAACCACAGAACGAAGAGACAUGUCGUGCUCAAAUCUUGGCCGUUUGUCAAAUUAGGUCUAUGUCACCUGGUUUCAUAACUACCUCCCUAUCAAGACAAGAACAAAAGGCAGCCCAGAGAAUGUCACAACGCCGUUCUUAUCAAGCUAGGCAGAAGAUUGCAAAAAUGAAGAAAGUUUAUAAAGCUGCAAAAGAAGAGGACUUAAGCAGUCCUUUGAGUGAUCAUUCAGCUGGAGAUCCAGGGCCAGAAAAUCAAUUUUCUAAUGAAGAUUGGGAGCAAGAAGCAGUAAUGCUUUAUGAUUGGGCCAGAUCACUCCAAACUGAAGAUAUUUGGGAAGAUUAAUCAAAGAUACAUGUAUUUUUUGUUCAAGUCUCCGCUAUUUCUAUUACAUGGUUGCAGCAAGAGUUGAAAUUGUUUUUCCCCAUAUAGUUUUUUUGCUCUUUUUGCAGACAUAACCAUAGCAGAAGAUACACAAUUCUCUGGCUUCAGAAAAUCCUUAACAAAACAAGUUACUUUUGAUAGAAAGAUUUGAUAUUAAGUGAGAAGAAUAAAGUCAUGUAGCCAAUAUGCCUAUGUUACACCUGACGCAUCUAGAUGGAAAAUAAUAAGAAGAGGUUGAUAAAUACUAAAGGUAACUUAAAGAGAUGCUUCUCAGUAUGCAUUAAUAUAAAGGAAACACCUGAAAUCAUCAAGUGGUUCUUAAGAUUUACACAGCUGCUUCAAAAGUGGUUUCCAAUUGUUUCUGUACACCUGCACGACCACCCUUCCAUUCAGUCUACCAGGAAAACAUUGAGUUUUCAUACUUAUCCAUUUAUUUAUUUAUUUAUCAAAUUUGUAUGACCGCCCAUCACACCAAAGGCAAGGUUAAAAAUACACAACACCAGAUAAAUUUAUCAUGUGAGACAUCUGUGAGCAGCUUUCAAAACAGCCACAUCAACCUUGCAAAAGUUGCCUCUAGUUUUAUGCUUUGAAGAAAGGUUAAUUCCUUCAAUCAAUAAGGGUGCAAUAAAAAUUUAGUAAAUAAAGUAAAUUGGCUGUUACACAUUUUAUGAAACAAUUCUUUUAAAUGCUUUACAUAGUCAUAGUAGUUUUAGUGUAUCAAUGGACAAUAGGCAAAGCUAAGCACUUUUAAAUAUUGCUUUCAAAGAAAAAAGUAUAGCUUCCUUACUUUUCCCAUCAAAGUUAUUAAGGCUCUAAAGUAUUCAAAUUUCAUUACAUUGUUAAGAUUUACAACUGGUCCAAACUGUUCUAUUUGCAUUUCAGCUCAGCUGAGUACUUUCACAAGUAAGCUAAUAUAUAUGACUUUAACAAUGUGAAACAGACUUAAUUGAAAAGGAACAAAAAAUGGAAAAACUAUAGUAAAAAUUAAAAAUAUUUUAUUUACAUUCUUAUUUAUAUACAAUUUUUACACCUUGUUUAAAAACAGAAGAGUAAAUAUGCAUGUUUGAACAUAAUGCAUUGAUAGGAUGAGUUGGAAUAACAUUUACAAAGAAGUAGAAAGAAAGAAAUGUUUUUAAGAAUAUUAAAAGAUUGCAGUUUCACAACUGUUUCGGGUAUAUUAUUAGAACUGCACAG